GCGUUUUACUAAUAAACGGUCAGAAAUCAGUUGUGCCUUCAUCUUGAACCAUGGGUUCUCGUUCUGGUUUGAAUCCAGAUUUCGUCGACAAAGCAUAUACAUGGUGUAGACAGUAUCUUCGUGGACCUUGGGCGAGAGUUGAAAAACAUGAAUUUAAUGUUGAAAAUUUUGCUGGUGCUGGACUGAGUAAUUAUUUAUAUAUAUGCAGUAUACCCGCCAACAAAACACAGACUGGGCCAAAUAAAGUUCUGUUACGUAUACACGGGGAAAUCCUGGAUGAUUCAUCCAUUGCGUUGACAGAGUCAAUUGUAUUCUCACUGCUUGCUGAGAGAAAAAUUGCACCUAAAUUAUAUGGAAUAUUCCAAGGUGGAAGAAUUGAAGAAUAUAUACCUUCUAGGAGUUUAACUGUAGAAGAGAUGGGUUAUGAAAGUUACAACAUUGAGAUAGCCCAGAAAUUGGCAGGAUUUCAUGGUAUGGAUUUACCACUAUCAAAAGAACCAACAUGGGUGAUCAACAUGUGUCACAGGUGGUUACACGAAGUUCUGCAUAGUAUCUCGUUCACUACUCCUGAACUUGACACCAAGUAUAAUAAAUUACUGUCAUAUGGUUUGCCAGAAGAGCUCAAGUACCUAGAAAAAAUGAUAGAAGUAACUUCAUCACCAACAGUUUUUUGUCAUAAUGACCUCAAUGAAGGUAAUAUUCUGUUGGUAAACAGUGAUUCUAAAUGCAACCGUCUUAUGUUUAUUGACUUUGAAUAUGCCGGCUACAACCACAGGGGUUUUGAUAUAGCCAAUCAUUUCUGUGAAUGGACCUUUGACUACACGACGACAACCCCGCCGUAUUAUAAGUAUGAUCCCGAAAACUACCCAAAUAAAGAGCAGCAGUUGCGAUUCAUCCGAGCUUAUCUUAAUAGUUUUGAUAAUGCAAUGAAUGACCUGGAAAGUCGUGAAACUGAGGAAGUGAAAAUGCUAACUGAAAUAAAAAGGUUCUCUAUGUUGUCUCACUUCUUCUGGGUGCUGUGGGCCAUAAUCCAGGGCAAGAAAUCCCAACACAAGUUUUGUCAUUUGGAUUAUGCGCAGACGAGGAUUGAAGCGUACUUUGAAGUAAAGAAUCAAAUUACAUUAUAAAACCACAUAGAUGUGCCAAUUGAAACUUCAUUCAUGGUAUUUGGACCAAGAUAGCCCGUAAUUAUAAGUAAUUACAGAUUGUAAAGGAAACAGAAACUAUGACAAAUCAUCUUCAAGAGCAUUAUAAUUUGAGUUCCCAGUGUAUGGCAGUUUUUACGUUUAAAAAAAAAACUGUUGUCAGUUCCUGGUGCUCAUGUGUAUAUACAUGGUUAUAUAAAUGAAGAUUUUUAGAUUUAUAAAAUUUAUAAGGCUGAUAAAGGUAUUUACUGUAUUAAUAGUGUAGAGAAGUGUGUCAGCAAACUGAUCUUUUUAUGACUGGUACAAGUUGAUGUGCUCCUAAUAUGAAUUCAGUAUUGUGUAUGCUAUAUUGUUUGCAACCUUUCAAUGCAAUAUAUUUCUAUAUUAACUUUCAUGCUAUGAUUACUGUGAAAUAAUGUGAUUACAGUCAGAUAUCCCACAAUUCAUUGCACAAUAACUACCGAAGCUUACAUUGUACAAUAUUGAUUAGAUGAAUCCUGUCAAUUGUGACCAAAAUUGAUUGAUUCAUUAAUGUUUUAUGUGAAUCCUGAAUCAAAUAGCAGAUUUGUAAUUUUUUGUAUCUAUGCGUUUUACAUGUAUGCCAUUUUGAAGAUACUGUAAACCACUGAUUGGAUGGGUGUCUAUAAAGACAUUAUUUGAUGAGUCACUUCCUGUCUGAAGACCCUAUAUGAAAAUCUUCCUUUGAUAUAUAAAAGCAGUUGUAUGGUCGGUUCAGUUUGGCAUCUGCUUGGUAUCUAUCAGCUUUAGAAAAAUAUUUUAUUCC